UUUCUUUUUUCCAAAAUGUAUCAGAACGUGUGGAUUGCCAACUAUCUUAGCCAUGUCAAGUGCUGUCAAGGCAUCACAGGGGAGGCCAUCACCAAAGUUGCCAGACCCAAGCUACAGCAAAGGGCUUUUAGUUUUCAUAAACAGUUCUCAUCUGAGGAUAACGACGACGUUGCCCAGACCACAAAGGCUGUUGAUGUCAAUUCUAUCACCCCUCUACCCAAAGUCUCAGAGUUAAGGAAACGUUUCGAGCACAUCAGUAAUAGUCAGAGUCACUGCUGGGACAUGAACAGAAAAGAACGAAUUGCACGGCGGCUGGAAGGAAUUGACAGUGACAUUCAGUUCUCACUUCCAAGUGCUGGUCUGGUAACCAAUAGACUGCUGGAGGAAGACACUCCCAGAUACACUCGAGCCACAGAUUUGUGUGACCCAUGCACAGUUCCUGUUCAGCACUUCAGCAAAGAUGAACUCGGUUUGUCAGACCCUCCCACUGCAGAGAGCGUGUCACUGCACCGGAGCAGAAUGGAGAGACACAUGUCCCAAACUGAGCCUGCCUAUAACCCCAGCUCUGCUGUAACAGCUGAGCAGGAGUCUAAAGCCGAGCGCAUUGCACGCUACAAGGCUGAACGCAGACGCCAGCUCUGUGAGCGCUACCGCAUCUUACUGGAUGAAGAGCCGAGCACGGAUCAUGCCAGCCAGUACUCCAGAGUGCGACGGGACCCAGAGGGGUCAGAGCGGCAGAACAGGCGGCAGGUGGAAGGAAAAGACGAGGUGGAGCAUAAUGCCAACACCACAAGCGUUUGUGCAGGUAGAAUCACUGCUCAGGCCAAUGUGGAGCAGGAGUACAGCAAGGAACAGGCUGAUAUGUUCUCGGAACAUGAGAGGAGGAUGAAUCUGGAAAACCAGAAAAGAGCACAUGACCCAGGGAGGAUGCAUGGAGAAGAAGUAGCUCCAGACCACUCUGUCCCUUACAUAGACACUUCAGGAGAAACCAGAUCCUCAGGGGAACAUGGGGUGACUGGAUCGGCCAAACUAAGUCAACCUGCAAAGCAAGUGGCUUCUCCUCGGGAUCCGGUCUCUGAACAGCAGGUGCACGACAUCCUUCACAAGCAAGGCCUUUGUAGUCUAUGGUCGCUUCAGACUGAUUCAGAAGGAGACACCAUUUCCCCAACCAACUGGCCCUCCAGAAUCAGAGUCAGAGAGAGAAUGGCUCGUGAUGGGCCAUCACACCAGAGUGCAGAGCUUGGUUUUCCAUCAGAAUACCCCGUGUACCGCAGUCAUACACACAGUUCCACUACACGCCAGGAACAUCCAAAAUCCAGCUUCCCACACCAUCCUUCCCAACUGCACAAUUCCCGUCCUGAGCUAACUCAGGAUCCUGGAUGUCAUGGCUACAUCUCUAUUGGCUCUGAGUCUUAUUGCCCCCAGAUUUGGCAAGAAGCUAAGGAGAAAGUGGAGAAAACAGGAAGUCAGGCAAUGGCAGAGGGGCUUCUGAUGAACAGGAAAGUGGUUUUGCCCUCUGAGGUCAGAAGGAGAGAGAGAAGUGUUGACGACAUCAGCCGUGGAAAAUCUAACAUUAUAAAUCUAAACCCACACCACCAGGCACGCACUGCACAAAACAGAGAGGAAGUCCCGGUAGGAGAACCCCAAGGAAGGCAGGGACGAUGGUCACGGAGGGAGGAGCAUAUUGAACAUGUAUCCCGGCUUCAAGCAACUGAAGAGAUGUAUGCGAGAGCCAAGCAGGCCCAGGAGAGAGCACCCAAUGGCUGGUAUAACCAUCAAGGGACCAGCUAUGUCCCCUCAAGCAUUGAAGAUUCCACUCCAGAGUCAAGUGGUAGAUGGGCUUCAGAUCAAACCAAACAAAUUAAUCAAUAUAUAUCAGACUCUGGAAAACCUCAAACCACUUUUGCAGCUGCCAGCCAGAAAGCCAUUGAUAGCAGAACGGUUGUUCCUCAGGAGGCCAGGGCUGUCAGAGACGACUCUCCAGUCGACAUGCGAGUUUCCGUAGCUCAGUUGCGCCACUCUUACCUUGAGAAUGCUACAAGUUCCCAAAAAACUGAACAGGUAGAGCACAUACCUGCAACUACUGAUGUGCCCUGGAGAAGUGGGCGAGGCGGCGGCAGAGCUUCCCGCCGCCCUCGGCGAUACAUAUCACCUGAUGAAAAAGAGACUAGAAAGACUUCUGAGAGGUUUAGAACUCAGCCAGUCACGUCCACCGAGUGGCAGGAGUCUGAUAGGUCUUGCCUGAUUCCAGAACCACAACUCAUUGAAGUGGAUGAGGAGAAGUUGGAUGAGAGAGCAAAGAUGAGUGUUGCUGCCAAACGCUCUCUCUUCAGGGAGCUGGAGAAAAGUGUGGAUGUUGCAGCUUUAAAGGCACAAAACCAAAAUGCUGCUUUAGCACGCAGAUUGAGAAGAUGUCAGGACCGUUACCGUACCCAGCCAAUCACUUCUGAGGAAGUUGUCAUUGCUGCCACUUCCCCUGGUCCCUUGUCACAGACUGUGUCUGUUCAUUCUUCAGUAACACGUGUUCCUAGUCCCACUGUAGUCAACAGCACAGUCACCCAACACAGCUCUGUGGUGAGGGAGCAGGCACGAGAGGCUCAGUUGCUGCAGGAGACAGCAGAGGUAGAAAAUGUUUGCCAUGCUGAGGGAGGCCAGGAAGAGCCUGACCUGUCUACUCUCAGCCUGGCAGAGAAAAUGGCCAUCUUUAACAAACUCACCCAGCAGUCCGGUGUCAACCCCGUCCGCCACAAGGACCCACGCACCCGGCGCAGUAAUGCCCGUUACCAGACCCAGCCUAUCAUACCUGGAGGGGUAGAGCAGGACGGCUCAGACUCUGAUUUUUAUGAGGAGGAGAUGUGGCUCUCAGACGGACUUAGUGAUCUGGACUAUCUUGGGGCUAGCUCUCAUUUCCCCCCCUCCUCAUCUGUUGUAAAACCUACCACGGUUUCUUCCGUCCAUGCCGGCGAUAUUCACCUGGCCCAAUCUAGUGUUUCCAACAGCUAUAAUGAACGCAAAGGUCUCUCUGAGCUGCCCAGCGCCGAGACAGAGGAGUCCGGCCUGGGUGUAGGCAUAAGGAAACUACUCUCUCAGCCAGAAGGAGAGGUAGUGACCUCACAUGAGUUCCAGGAGACAGAUGGACAUCAGAAGACAAGAUCAGCAGUCACGGGUCUUCCUGAGCAGGCUGUUUCAGCAGCAGCACUGACUGCAUCUCAAGCCUUGAACGGGAGCACUUCUCUCACGCAGCACACACACUCUCAGCAGUUGCUGGAGUCUGGCAGAGCGGCCGUGUCAGAGGACAGGAAGAGGAGCAGGGAGAGAGAACAAGACACAGAAGAGGCAGAGGAGAUUUCAGACAUCAUGUCAGCGAGGCAGAUGUCCAUCAAAGAGAGGCUGGCUCUGCUGAGGAAGAGUGGUGAGGAAGACUGGAGAAACAGGAUCAAUAAGAAGCAGGAUGUUGUCCAAGUGGCCGUUUCAGAGAGACAUGCUCAGCUCUGGGAGGUGGAGCAGACCUUUAAAAAGAAGGGCAAUGGAAUGAUAGAUGAGUUUGCAGUCUCUGAUCAGCUCUGGGAGCCCGUCUUUUCUUCCACUUUUUCCUCUGUGCCUCUGAAUGAGGCUCUGGAUCCCAUCGAACCUCUUUCCCAGACCCAGCCCUUGCUUACACAGGCAGAUGAACGACACCCCUGGAGACGCAAGAGGAUAGGAAAUGAGGUGGUGGAGAGCCAGCGGCUGGAGCGCAUAGAGAUGUCAAUCCAAGAACGAAAGCAGCUCAUCACAGCUCAAGAGGAAGCUUGGAAGAUGAAAGGUCGUGGAGCUGCUAAUGACUCCACACAGUUUACAGUGGCUGGUCGUAUGGUCAAGAAAGGUCUUGCAGCCCCCGUGGUGCUUGCAAAGCCAGUGUUUAGUCCUUCAUCAAUCAAAAACAAGAACGCCAUCUCUAAACCUCACGAAGACAUUGAGGUCAGAGAUGAUAUAAAACUUGAGUCUGAUAAGAAGCUGGACAAGCUGGAGUCCUUCUUGGGACGGCUUAACAGUAAAGUAGGUGGGUUUCAGGAGUCCACACUUACAGUAACCGAGAAGAUCGUUAAAGAAGUCAUGGCUCCAGACAACGAGAGUUUUGAUAAGUUCUACAGGCACACUGAAGAACUAGCCAACAUCACCAGUAAGGUAGAGAUCGACGAUGACUUUGAUGCCAUCUUUGGAGCUCAGAUGCCAAAACUGCCCUCAGAGAUGGUGCAGCACAAGCGCGCUGUACGUCCAGCACGAAACGUGCAGUCAUCCAGGAACCCUCUGAAGGUGCUAGCUACACGAGAGGACAUCAGACAUGAGUACACAGAGCAGAGACUUAACAUCGGUGUGCUAGAGAGGCAGAGGAUCACUCAGGAGAAAAUGUGUAAGAACAGCGGGUUUUCUGCUAUGGCCCUGGCAGGCUUGGCGAGCAAGGAGAAUUUCAGCAGCGUGAAUCUGCGUAGUGUGAAGGUCUCGGAGCAGAGCUCCCACAGUGCCAUGCCUUACAAGGCCACCAUGCUCAUGCAGGUCAAAGGCCGUCGGCAUGUACAGACGAGGCUGGUCGAGCCUAGAGCUUCUUCUCUGAACAGUGGCGAUUGUUUCCUCCUGGUUACAUCCCAGCACUGCUUUAUCUGGGUGGGAGAGUUUGCAAACGUCAUUGAGAAAGCCAAAGCUGCAGAGCUGGCCACAUUCAUCCAGACCAAGCAUGAUCUUGGGUGCAGAGCCUCAUAUGUUCACACUGUGGAGGAGGGUAUCAAUACCCACAGUCAUGCCUCCAAGGAUUUCUGGAAGAUUCUGGGUGGACAGACCAACCACCAAGCCGCAGGGAAUCCUGAGGAGGAUGAGUUUUAUGAGACAGCCAUAGUGGAGACAAACUGUGUCUACAGGCUGCUUGAGGACAAGCUGGUACCCGAUGAUGAGUACUGGGGCAGAGUUCCACGUUGCUCCAUGCUCAGCCCUACAGAGGUACUGGUGUUUGAUUUUGGCAGUGAGGUGUAUGUGUGGCAUGGUAAAGAGGUAACAUUGGCACAAAGAAAAGUGGCGUUUCAGUUGGCAAAGCAUCUCUGGAAUGGGACAUUUGACUACACAACCUGCGAUAUUAACCCACUAGACCCAGGAGAGUGCAACCCACUUAUUCCCAGGAAGGGGCAAGGCCGGCCAGACUGGGCUGUAUUUGGCAGAAUGACCCAGCACAACGAGACUACACUGUUUAAGGAAAAGUUUCUAGACUGGAGUGACUCCAAGACAGCUUCAAAGAAGAAUGAUAACAUAGAAACUAUUGACUACAAGGAGGUGCACAGUGGUGAAUGGCGAUCGUAUGAUGCAUCUCUAAUGUUAGCUUCGUCCCAUACACCCAUUCGGAGUGUUCUGGAUGGCAUGGAUGUGGGGCGAGGUUAUGGAAUCAUGAAGGGAGAUGAUGGGAGGAACUUUGAGAUCAGCACUUUGUCUGUGGAUGUGUGGCAUAUCAUGGAGUUUGACUAUAGUCGGCUGCCUAAGCAGAGCAUCGGACAGUUCCAUGAGGGAGACACUUAUGUAGUUAAGUGGAAGUACAUGGUCAGUACAGCGGUUGGAAAAAGGCUGAAUUCUGAGCAUAUUGUCGGCCCGGGUAAGGAGAGGUGCGCAUACUACUUCUGGCAGGGACGUAAUGCUUCUGUUAAUGAAAAGGGGACGUCGGCGCUCAUGACUGUGGAGCUGGAUGAGGAGAGAGGAGCACAGGUUCAGGUGCAGCAGGGGAAGGAACCCCCCUGUUUCCUACAGUGUUUUAAUGGAGGGAUGAUGAUUCAUGCAGGAAAGAGAGAAGAGGAGGAAGAGAAUCCACAGAGUGACUGGAGGUUGUACUGUGUGAGAGGAGAGAAGCCUGUAGAGGGCCACCUGCUGGAGGUGGUGUGUCACUGCAGCAGCCUGCGCUCUCGCACCUCCAUGAUUCUUCUUAACGUCUCCAAAGCCAGCAUGUACUUGUGGCACGGCUGCAAGGCCCAAGCGCACACACAGGACGUGGGCCGCACUGCUGCUAACAAGAUCAAAGAGCAGUGUCCUCUUGAGGCAGGGCUUCACAGCAGUAGCAAAGUGACCAUCCAUGAGUGUGAGGAAGGCACCGAACCAGUAGGAUUCUGGGAAGCUCUUGGAAGACGUGACCGCAAGGCGUAUGACUGUAUGAUUCAUGAUUUGGGGAAGUUCAACUUCACGCCACGGUUGUAUCAGUUAAGCAGUACAUCAGGGGAGUUUGUGGCUGUGGAGUUGAUCUGUCCAUCCAGAGAGCCGAACCUGGUCAACUCAAUGCCUUUUCACCAGGAAGAUCUGUAUAACGUCACACAACCAGCUCUGUUUUUGGUGGAUAAUCAUCAUGAGGUCUACCUGUGGCAGGGCUGGUGGUCUCAGGACGCUGAGAACACAGGCUCUGCCCGCAUCCGAUGGGACUUAGACAGGAAAUGUGCCAUGGAAACUGUGCUGCAGUACUGCAGAGAAAAGAAUGAGAAGAAGCCUCCAAAGGCCUACCUGAUUCAUGCAGGACUGGAGCCACUUACAUUCACCAACAUGUUCCCCUGCUGGGAGCACAGAGAGGACAUCGCUGAGAUCACAGAGAAGGAAGCAGAAGUAUGUAAUCAGAUCAUUCUAGUGGAAGAUGUGUUGGCCAGACUCUGUAAGACCACCUAUCCUCUAAUCGAUCUCAUGGCCAGGCCAUUACCAGAAGGUGUCGACCCUCUACACCUCGAGCUCUACCUGUCAGACAAAGACUUUGAGGGUGUAGGGGCCUAUGGGAAGGAAGCACUAGAGAUGACGAGGAUGGAGUACGAAGCUUUGCCGGGAUGGAAGCAGGUGAAUUUGAAGAAAGCCAAAGGAUUGUUCUAAUGGGUUUAUUACUGUGAAGAUGUACAGACGAGGUGACGGUCUCUGCUGCAGUGUUAAAAGAUGGAACGUGCGAAGAGAUGGAACAUACGUGUGGUGCAUUAAACACUCCUAUUGUAGCAGAACUUUAUAAAUGUACACACAUGCAUGUGCAGGUGUAAAUGCACUGGAAAGAAUGGUGGAUAGUGGAGUGCACAUAUA